UGCACCAUUUCAUAUAAAUAUUGUUGGAAUAAGACCACCCAUGCAUGUAAUCUGUUCACUGAAUGUUUGUUAACAGAAUAAUUGUUUGUUCGGCUGAUUUUAAAUGGUGUGUGAAUAGCAAGAAAUUAAUUUAAGUUUGUGAACGGCUGUGUUAAGUUUUACUGUGUGGAAAUAGCGCUGGGGGUAACAAUAUUGUUUGAUGCUUUAGUUUGUAAUGCAAAGCUACACAGUAAAAUGGAAGUUAAUGGUGAGGUAACAUAGGCUAAUGAUAUUUUCUUUUGUUUUAAAGGACGUCUUUGUUUAGUUAUUUUGUGUCACAUUAUUUUAUGCUUGGAAUGGGAUGUUUUCCUAACGACAUCGUGUGUUACUACCCUAAAGCAUUGGAAAAUAAACCGCCGCCAAGGUUUCAGCCACAAGCCCGAACCCUGUGUCCAGUGUCCUCCCUUUCCGCACAACACCCCUGCUACCAUCCAACAAAACACAACGCAGAGUCCAAGGGGUCGCAGAGAGCCGUGCUGAGGAUACACAGAGGGAGUGGGUUACAUCUUUGGUGCCAUGACCUGGAUUGUGGUGCUUUGAAACCAACGCGGGGCAAGCCAGCAGGAGUAAAGUGAUGCUGAUGUGGGAGCAGAAGCUUUAGGUCCAGAGGACUUUAAACAGCUGAGUGAACUGUGGUCUCUGUCUCCAACUGGUAGAGGGUAUACAUGCUUGCCCAGAUAUCCUUCAAACGCUUAUUUAUCGUUUAUUGCACUUUUGGGUUUUCACAUGUUUAAAGUAAAGGAAUAGUUGUAACGUUGGUGGCCUAAAGAUUGAGGCCAUUUUGACUAAGGGAGACCCUGAUAAGUCAAGACUGUUAAGACUGUUUUGGGGUUGUUGUUUUUUUUUGUCUGCUUGUUGUUUUUUUUUUUUUUCUCUUCUACUACACCCAGAGUUUCAUUUUGUAGUUACCAAGCUUUCGAUAUUGGUUUUGUGAAGUGACACUGAAGUUUGCAUACAAAACUGUCACACAGCCAUAGAAUCUUCUGUGAAUUCAUAUUUCACAGAAUACAAAAAAAAAAAAAAACAAAAAAAAAAACAGAAAAAUAAAUAAAAAUGUUGCAUAACUACUCAGACACCCCUUUACAGCCUCAGGGCUCAACUGUUGUUACAAUAGCCCCUGAGCAAACUACUGACCCCCCAAUAAGGGAAGACAAAGCUAAUCCAGGCCAGAAACAAAGUAAUUCGUGGAAUGAGGGAAUACAGCAUACCCCACAACCCCCAAUGCUGUCUUUCUAUGCUGACAACUACUCCACACCAGUCCGGGACAACACGCUCCCUAGGGGUGGGGCCCCAAAGCAGAUACUUCCACCUGGCUGGGGUAUGGACUCAGUCACAAGACCAAGACCACAACAGGGUCUGCCGGCCCACAGUAUACCAAUGGCAACGCACCAAGUGUGUGACUUUACCCCCCACAUCACCACACCCGGACUGUCAUCCCCCCCAGCCGCUCACAGCAGCUCCCAUGCUAACCCUACCAGAGUUCAGCAUAUACCGCAGCCCACCACAUCCCCACCAGCCGAUCCACCACGUUCUGGCCAGCCUGUCAUGUUUGGUCCCCAGGGUCACGUAGGUGCUCUACCUCCCACCCCAUUGAACCCGGCCCCACAAGUAAGUUUCCAUACAUCACCCACUACAAAUCAUCUAGCUAACACCCAACACUUAACCCUACCAAUCAGCUCCCCCCUGGCCUCCAGACCAAGUUAUCAGGCAACACCAUCCAGAUAUGUGAAUUACCCCUCCUCUGCAGAACAACAAUCAAGCGUAGAGCAGGAACCCACACCUCAGUUUUCUGUUUCAGGCGUGCAGGGCUCGAUGCAUUGUGAACCCCCCCCAAAGCACCUACCUUCUGCAAGGACAUGGGCCCCUGACCCAUCUGGGCACAUCCCCCAGGCUGCAGCACAUGGUGAUGUUAACCAAAUAACCCCUUUUCUCCCUGCCAAUAUACAACAUAUCCAACCACCAGCCCCCCAUCUAUACCCCAGCCCAUAUCCUUGUGCCCAAGUUAUCCCCCCACCAACAUUCACUUCCACCCCCCACCCCCAACCAUCAGUAGAAAUCAACACUGGGGCCUUUGCAAGCCAAGGCAUAACCCCAGCAGUUUAUGGUGGCUUCGUGCAAACCCACCAGGUGAAAAAUGUUCAAAUUUUCACUGGUAAUGCAGACAGCAAAAUACUAGUGGAAGACUGGAUCCGUGACAUACAAUAUCUUCUAGAAGCAAUUGACCUCCCGGCCCAUCUCCGCUUUUCCACUGUUGUGCGACACCUUGGGGGUGAGGCCAGGCAGCUGGUCCUGAAUCUACCCCCCCAUGAUCAGACUUCUGAGAAAGCUUUUGGGGAGCUGAGGGCAGAGUAUAGUGAUGCACAAGGCUCCUUGGACCCCUUGGCUGAUUUCUAUGAGCGAACCCAGAAGUCAGGAGAGUCCCCUUGCUCUUAUGCCAUAGCACUUGAGGCAACUUUACGAGCAGUGGAGGAGAGCCAAAGAGGAGGUAGGCCUUUUCCGGAUCGGGAUAGUAAACUCACUCGGCAACUUUUGAGAGGGCUGAUAGAUGAAGAUGUGUAUGCCAGGAUUGCCCCAAUGAAGCCCAGGCUACUAAGCUUCCGGGAACUGCAGGCUGAGCUAAGAAAUCUGGCUAGAGAGAGCAAAAGGUUUCAGCCCCAACACAAAGUUAAGAAAACAUACGCACAGGUGCAUGUGACUCCGGAGGUUGGUGGGAAUGCGGGAGCAGUGGGGAGUAAACGUGUUGCAGAAAUAGCCGAGCUGACUGAAAUAGUCAAGAAGUUGGCUCUUAACCAGGAACAACAAAUGGCUAAGUUAUCCCACCUAGAGUCCAGAAUAGCUCUUUCGCCCACACAGUCUCCAAGAACAGCCCAGUCAUCUUCAAGAACGCUGGACCAAAAUUCAAAUGUCCGAUGUUAUCGAUGUGGAAAGGGGGGGCACAUAGCCCGUGUCUGCAGAGCAGUGUUUUCGGACUCUGACCAGGACAGGGCCCAUCAGACUGAGCCUGUGACCCCUGUGGAGGGAAACCCCUCUUCUCAAUCCCAACAUUUAACCGCCUAAAGCUCAUGGCAUCAGGGGCAGCCAUGGGCCACCAGUGUAGCCCCCAUUCUGAAGCGGACAACAAUGACAAA